AUGCCAGCUCUCAAGGAUAUCUUCUCCGGCGUACGUCUGCCAAAAAGAGACAGCGACAACGCCAAACCAGCGGCAGAACCAUCGAGGCUGCGUAAAAGAUAUGCCACGCUUGCGAAGGGGAGCACCGAUAGCUACGGCGGCCAGCCUCUUGGCUUGCAUCAAGGAGUUCCGCACUUUGGACAUGAGCCGCAUCCGAAGGCCGUUCAUCCUGCUCAGUCGGCGCUGGAUCCCGAGAUAGCACUCAGCGGGUCAGCUGCGUGGCCGCAACGCGAAGGGGCCUUGAUCCCAAAGCGUCUAUCUGUGGUUGAUAUGAACUACAGAGCGUCGGGCCCGAGAGCUCGCCGAUUGAAGAGUCCUCAAAAAGCUAUACCGGAUGAGAGUUCUAGCGUAAUUGCCAGCAACUCAUCCCCGAAAGCAGUGUCCGGGCAGAGCGGUUCAAACGGACGCAGCGAGCGGUCGGCCGCUGGCAGUAAGAACUUCGUUACCGCGCCAUUGGCGCUGACUGAACAAAGCAAGCCGGCUCCUGAGCAAUACCGGUCAAAAGACUCAAGGGCAGACAGGAAGAAGCAGAUGCCGCCUUUCCGUGACCUCGGCUGGAACCAGUACGGCGACUCUGUGGCGAUCGACAUCAACCUAGCCUACUGGGCACACACUUUAGGUAUCCAUCUACCUGAUCGCCCAAUCGUAAGCAAUAAAUCACCCGGUAACUCUUCGAAGAAGCUACAGGAAAGAUCAAACCCACAAGAUCGGACGGCUGUGAGGAAAUUGGAUGGAUGUCCCACGCUCAAGCGAUGGAUGAACAACCAAGACAUCAGCGGGACUCAAUACGAAAGUCUCAAGACCGAGCUCAAGACACUCCAAGCUGAACGGUAUGCGGAGAGGGAGGAACAACGUAUGCUCCAGCUUAUGGACGAGCUGGGAAGACUGGAGCACGCAGCCAGAGUAGAAGAACACGCGGCCUGCUCAGCAGCUUCGGAAGGGGGCACAAGCCAGUCAGGGAUGGCGUCCAGCUCCGCCGCUUGCAAGUCCAUCCACAAUCGGCUCGAGGAGCGGAACAAGGCGACUUUAGCAGCUGGUCUUGCAGCUGCGCAAGCUCGAUUGACUGAAUGUACGGUGUGUGGCGAUAUCAAGGAACCUUGGGAGGUGUUUGCUACGGCGCCAACAACCAUGUGCACCCACCCACCGCAGACCUGCAUCGAAUGCCUGCAGACCUGGGUUGCGAGCGAAUUCUCCACUAAAGGCACCCACGGCAUCAAGUGUCCCGAUUGCCCUCUGACCCUCGAAUACGCCGACAUCCAGACUUCCGCUUCUCUCGCAACCUUCGAAGCCUACGACCGCCUAGCAACGCGCAAUGCUCUCGGCAGCCUCGACGAGUUCGGAUGGUGUUUGAAACCCGGCUGCGGAUCCGGACAAAUGAACAUCGACAACAACGCCUUCAUGGACUGUGCGAGUUGCGGCUUCAAGCAGUGUCUGACGCAUAAAGUCCCCUGGCAUACUGGUGAGACGUGCGAGCAGUACGAGUAUCGCUCAAGCGGGCAGAAGAAGCGGGACGAGAAGAGGAAGACGGUGGCGAUGCUGGACAAGGUGUCGAAAAAGUGUCCGAAUCGGGCUUGUGGGUGGCGUAUCCAGAAGACUAGCGGCUGCGAGCACAUGACUUGUCGGAAGUGCAGACAUCAGUUCUGCUGGCUGUGCUUGUGCUCGCAUGCUGAGAUUAAGCGGAUUGGGAACACGGCGCAUGCGAAGGACUGCAAGUUCCAUUCGGACAAUAUCAAGCCUUCUUGGCCGUUCAAUGCGCACUAG